AUGGCAUCUUUUAAAAUCUUAAUUUCAGUUGGCAGAGAAAACCCAAUGGGAAUGUCUGCAACACCCAGCCAAGAAGAAGAAAAGAUCCAUGAGUCAAAAAAACAGAAAAAAAUACCCCCAGAAUCUGAGGAUAGGAGUCCCUUACCUUCUUCAACUGCAAAAGAAAUCAGACGUUUCCAAAGUGGUAAGACUCUUCUGUCAGAAGAUGAAUGGAAGGUGUUAGUGCUGACGGGAAAUACAGGAACUCAAGCCAAUGUCACUCUCUGGGUGUAUGGAGAUAAAGGAGUCACUGGGCCAAUAAGUCUUCGCAAGGACAGCUCAGAGCAGCUCUUCCUUCCAGGACAGGAGGAUGAGUUUCAGGUUGAAAUAAGAAGCAUUGGAAACAUAUAUAAGAUAAGGAUAGGACAUGAUGGAACCAGUGAGCAACCCGAGUGGAAAUUGCAGAGGGUGACCAUGCAACAUACGAAAAGCAAGAAGAUCCUAGAUUUUGCAGCAAACGUGCGGCUCUCUCGGAUUCAGGCAGAUGGGGAUGUUGUCUGUGAGCUUCCUGUAGUAAAAGGAGGACAAGCUAUUUUUCCAUUAGUGAGAUAUCAGGUUGACGUCUACACUGGGAAGCUGAAGCAUGCAGAAACGGAGUCUGAGGUUUUCCUCUGUCUCUUUGGGGAGAGGGGAGACUCUGGCCUCAGACUGCUGUACAAAUCUAACAUGCAAGUAAAAUUUCAAAGAGGACAGAUUGAUAAAUUUCAAGUAGCAGCAGUGUCGCUUGGAAAACUGCAGAAGGUGCUGUUGCGCUGUGAGGCCAGUGACAAAUCACAGUACUGGUACUGUGAACAAGUCGUAGUCAGAGAGCCCGGCACCACAUCCAAGUCCAUCUUCACCUGUCAAAGAUGGCUUCCUUUUAUGUUUCAGGGCAUAAUUCAUUCAGAAAUUGAACUUUAUCUUCAAGAAAUGCAAAUAAAUCAUCAACCUAAAAUACAAGAGGAAGCAAAUGAUGGAGACUGGAAGGUGACCAUUGUCACUGGGGAUCCUGAAAAUGCUGGCACCACGGCAACAGUGUUCCUUUUUGUCUAUGGAGAAACAAAAUGUUCAGGUCCUGUUAUUUUGGGAUCUGGGAGAUACCAGCUGUUUAACUCUAACACUGCAGAUAUAUUCUAG